AUGUUGGAAUGUUUAUACAGCAGCAGCGACUUGAUGCGACUUAUAUUUUCUGAAGAAACUCCUUCAGACGGCCAAACACCACUUGGGGGGCCCCCAGAGGGGGCCCCCCCCCCAACUAAACCAAAACGGAAACCCUUAAUCAUCCCCCCUCUCUCCCUCAAAACAAAAGAAAAACCCGUCCACUUCACCCCAAUUGCUGAGGUGCCUGUACACCUCAGCGAAUCUUUAAUACUUGCAACGCAAAAAGCAGCAGCAGCAACUGAAAAGGCAACAUCACCUGCAGCAAGAGCAACAACAGCAGCAAGAGCAGCAGCAGCAGCAGCAGCAAAGGACGACCCCAUUAACCUCACAGCCCUUCUCUUCGCCAGGGAUAUAGAAGAAGAGUCUCCAUACAAUCACGAGAGGCCCCUGUACCCUGACGAGGGGCCCCCGUACUCUCAUCAGGGGCCCCCCAACGUUGAAGAGGGGCCCCCGUACCCUCGAGACGGCUACUAUUCUGCUGCUGUUCGCCAUUUGUUCAGCAAUGAACAGCAGGGGAGCCUCUCUUCCGAUCUACAGACACCAGAAACACAACCAAACGGAACAGGGGGGCCCCCCAGCACCAACGGGGGGGGGGCCCACGACGAAUUCCAUCCCUAUCGCGGUGGGGGCCCCGGCCUUCUGAACCCUACCACCAUUGCUGAUACAGCGACAGGAUCAGCAGAAGCAGCAGCAACAGAAGCAGCAGCAGCAGCUGCUGCUGCUGCUGCAGCAGAUGGGUACAGGGGGACUAAAUUAGGCGCAGUGUUUGGUAUCGAUACACCAGGAGGGGGGCCCCACACGCCGCAGCUAACUGCUGGGGGGCCCCCAUCUCCCCUGAGUGUUUCGGAUGUAUUUGCGGUGGGACAACGAGAUGUAUCUCCUGUUGCAACGCCUCUUGCUGCAGAUGCUGCAGAUGCAGAAGAAGGAGAAGAAGAAGAGAUAGAUGAAAGGGAUGAAGAGACACCGCGCCACAGACUCUUCUUUAAGGUCCAACUGAAGCUGAAGGCUGAGCCGCCUCUCCUCCGGGGGCCCCCAACGCAGCAGCAGCAGCAGCAGCAGCAGCAGCAGCAGAAGCUAACUGUAUACUGCAAUGAAGAAGAACAGGAAAAGAGACAACAGAAAGCAAAUAUAUUCACCCCCCGUUUCAGCACAAGUGUGGAGGGGAUCGGAGACGAUCCCCUCGAGGCGGCGCCCAGAGGCGUCCCCGCAGCAGCAACACUCACCAGCAGCAACAGCAGCAGCAACAACGGCAGCAACAACAACAGCAGCAGCAGCAGCAGUAAAUCUUAUGAUAGGAAAGAGAACAGCAAAGGCCACCGACAGCAAAGACAAACAGAAGAAAGCAGAAAACAAUUAAUGAGAGAAGCAAAUGACCUCCGGAACGAGGUGAUGAGCCUCAUCCAGGAGAGCCCAUCUGAGAAGCCUUGGGGGGCCCCCCGCUUCGGCAUGUCUCCUUCCUCGAGGGGGGCCCCCAUCUCUUCACCUCCCCUUGUCUUAACUCCCUCACACAGCAGCAGUGAGGCCGAGGGGGCCCCCCGUGUGUCUCCCAGCAACAGACGAUCCCGCGAGGGUACUUCUGGGGGGCCCCCCAACUCUACAGCCAGGGGGGCCCCGCAGCAGCACUGCGGGCAAGGUGGAUGGAACAGAGAAGGAGAAGGGGGCCCAGAGGGUCCGCGGAGCGUUUCUUGUGGGGGAGGGGCCCCUGCAUGCAACUUGUACUGUGUGCAUGCACACCUACCCCUUUCUCCUACCAACGCUCUUUCCCCCUGCUGGGUGUCUCCACCUCACCAGGGGGCCCCCCAGCAGCAGCAGACGUACCUUCAGCUCACCGAAAUGCCCUGCGCUGCCCCUCCAAUCCCCUGGGGCCCCCCAGUCAAUACCCCUACAAGGGCGGAGGGGCCCCGCUGCAGUCAUUGCAUGCACAUGGGGGCCGCUGAACAGCAGCAGACAGCUGGAGCUGCUCGCGCACAGAGUGCCCCGGGGGCCCCCAGGGGGCCCCCAAAGAUACCUCCAUUGACGGAUGCUGACCGCCAGCUGCCGCACUUUAGGGCGUCGAAAGGGGGGGCUUCCUGGGAGGUCCCUGUGCCGGUUGGUGCUGCUGCUGCUCGUGCUGAAGCAGCAGAAGCAUCAGCAGCAGCAGCAGGAGAAGGGAAAGGCAGCAGCAGUUUCUGUUUGCCGGAGGAGCCACGGAGACGCUUCAGGCCCGCAGACACCAAAAGCGAUCUGCUGCUGCAGAGCUCCUUAAGGCCCUGGACGAGGAGGGGACGGUCCCCUACUUCUGUCUCUGUCUCUGUUGCCUCACAUAGCAGCAAACCAGGGGCCCCGAGGGACACAGCAGCUCAGACUAGAACAGCACAGAGCGAGAUCAGGCGCCCUUCUGCUCCAGUGAGGGGCCCCCAUGGAGAGACGUGGGCAACUCGUACACAGCAACCUGCAGAUACACCCCAACCUGGAAACUCCAUACAAGCCCCGCGUACACUUCAAACUAUGCAUACCCGCUCCCAGAUGCCAGGGCCCCACCCUGUCUAUACACCCCAACUUGGGGGCCCCGUAGGACCCUUCAGGGCCCCUGUCUUUAUCCCCACUACUGCAAGGACCUCACGGGGGUCCGGGGGGCCCCAGGGGUACGAGCUGCAGUUCAAGGGCCAGGCAAUCCUGUUGAGUGGCAGCAGAGAGAGCAGCAGUUCUUCUGGGGGCCCCCCAUCCUGCCUGAGCUCUUGCGCUCCCACUGAAAGAGGAGAAAGAAGGGACCGAGAAGCCGUGCAAAGGGGGAGUCUCUGCAGUAGCACGCAGCAUGUGGCACCAACUGCUGCUGCAGCACCUGGUGCUGCAGCCACUGCUGCUGCAGCAAACAUUCCACAGGUCCCUCGCGAAGUGCAGCAGCAACAUCCCCAGCACGAGCAGCAGCAGCAGCACGGGCUACAACAGCAAGGACACAUGCAGCAGCAACUACCGCAGCAGCAGCAACUACCGCAGCAGCAGCAACUGCAGCUCCACCAGCAGCAACAGCAAGGGCAGCAGCAGCCGCAGCACGUCCAGCAGCAGCACGUCCAGCAGCAGCAGCAGCAGCACGUCCAGCAGCAGCAGCAACAGCACGCCCAGCAGCAGCAGCAGCAGCAGAUGCAGCAGCAGCAGCACGGGCAGCAGCAACAGCAGCAGCGCGUGCAGCAGCAGCAGCAGCAAUACGUCCAGCAGCAGCAGCAGCCCGUCCAGCAGCAGCAGCAGCAGCAGCACGCGCAGCAGCAGCAAACUGGGCCAGGAAUGCAAGACGACAGAACUCCUGGGACUUCGGCCCCCCCCUCUGUUGUGGGCGGAUCGUUGCCUGCACACAGCAGCACGUCUGAGUCCCUCCGAUCUGCUGCUGCUGCUGCUGCUUCGAGUAACCUUCAUGCUGCCCCUCCUACCUCUGCAGCCCCUCCACAGGGGGCCCUUGGGGCCCCUGGAUCGCAGGGGCCCCCCGGAUCACAGGGGGCACCCGGACAGCGGGGGCCCCCGAACUAUCCCCACGCAGGGGAUAUCGCAUCUCAUGGUGUUGCAGGCGGAUUUGGGGGCCCCUAUAGAGGUGGGCCUCCUCAUGGGAACCCCACCAUUCAUCAAGAGGUCCCUCAGGGGCCCCCGCGGCCUGCAGCUCACCCUACAGCAUCGCAUAUUCGGGGGCCUCCCUGCAGUGCCCCCCCCAGUAACAGUUGCAUGGGUCCCGCGGGGGCCUCCUUUGGUUCCUCUCACAGCUACCCUGUAUCUUGGGGCCCCGGCUGCGUCGACGGUGCAACUCGUUGGAUUAUGGGGGCCCCUGGAGCCCCCGGGGCCCAUGGAGGGGGCCCCCUGCAGUCUGCUUUGCCUGCGCGAAUUGUAAAUAUCGUCAAGAGGACUCGUGAUGGGAUCGCUACAGACUUUGCUUUGGGCGGCGAGAAGACGAGGACUGUAUACCCCCCUGAGCAACCCCUCAACAUACCGUUGGGUGCAGCAGGCCCUGGGCCCCGGGCCCAAGCAGGGACUUAUCUAUCGUAUGUAAGGAGUGUAGGGGCAGAAGGUGGAGGAGCUUCUGCUGCAGCAACUGAUGCAGCAGCGGCAGCAGCAGCAGCAGCAAACCCGUACGCAUCGCAUCCACCCGUCUCUGCCUGGGAAUCUCCCAAUACUUUACUACCAGGGCAGGUAUUGGUUAAGCCUGCCGUCUAUCCAGGGGGCCCCCAAGGAGGAGGGGCCCACCAAGCCACCUCGCGUCCUCCGGGCCCCUCUGACUACUAUGCCUACCCUUCAACUCCGUCUGCCUGGGGCCCCCAGCGGCUCCACAUGACCCAAGGGGCACCCCAACUAGCUACCCCAGCGGGGCCCCCUAGGGGCCCCCCUAGGGCUGGGCGGAGCUGUUCUGUCGGUCCUCCUCAUGGAUCUGUUCGUGGGUCAACGGAAGUACGGAGCAGCAGCGCCGGACCUGCAGCAGCAGCAGAAGCAGCCGCAGCAGCAGCUGCUGCUGCGGGUGGUGAUUGGCAGUUACAACCUAUGGCACGCACUGUAAGCCUGGACGAAGAUGGAGAUGCGAAUUGUUUUGAUGAUUGUUUAGCAUUGCUGAAUGCCAGAGUCGGCCGCUUCUAUAGGAGGAGGCCCCAGCUGCCCCCAGGACAAACCCUUUCGGCGGCCCCCCCAUGCCCCUUUAGGAGGAGGUAA